AUGAGUCUCACGUAUGGCCUGGGAGGCAUUGGGAGCACCCUCCUCGUUGUGGGAGCUUACAUGCUCUUCACGGGAUCGGGCGAGGCCUUUAACGUCGGCGAAUUCCUCGAAUCUAUCUCACCAUACGCGUGGGCGGACACAGGCAUCGCUCUGUGCAUCGGUCUUUCUGUUGUAGGCGCGGCAUGGGGCAUCUUUAUCACCGGCUCCUCCAUCCUCGGCGCGGGCGUUAAGGCGCCGCGCGUGCGAACCAAGAACCUGAUCUCCAUUAUUUUCUGUGAAGUCGUCGCCAUUUACGGCGUCAUCAUGGCUAUCGUCUUUUCCGCCCAACUCGAAAACGUCCAGGGCCAAACCCUGCACGACGGCAACAGCUACUACACUGGCUUCGCCCUCUUCUGGGCCGGUAUCACAGUGGGAAUGUGCAACCUGAUUUGCGGUGUCGCUGUCGGCAUCAACGGUAGUGGAGCCGCGUUGGCCGAUGCUGCUGACCCCACGCUUUUCGUCAAGAUUCUCGUUGUCGAGAUCUUCAGCUCCGUCCUCGGUCUUUUUGGUCUGAUCGUCGGUCUCCUUGUCUCUGGCAAGGCCAACGCCUUCGGCAAGGUAUAA